AGCUUGUAAAACAAGCUAAAACGGUGCCGAUUGCAUGUCCUUGUAAAACAGUUCGAAUAAUACAAUAAUUUAUUGCAACGAGACGUUCUGCAGCGUUCCAGAUAAGGAAAACAGCGCUAUCAUCCGGUUAAACGCAAACUUUUUCUUGACCCGGAAGUACUUUCUGUUUAGGGCUGUCCUAAUGUCAAGUCUGCAGCGGCUCUCGUUGUGCCGAAGGAUUAAUGGGUUUUGGUAGAAGGAAUAACAAUAAAAUACAGUACACGCUAAUGCGCGACAGGGGAUGCACUGACAAUAGCAACAUGAUAUCGAUCUGAGUCCAGUGGCGAUGAGCUAGAUGUGAUGCAGAGGAGACACAGCAGUAACACCGAUGGCAUGCCCCCUGAAAGGAGCAGGAGCCAGACAAUGGGGUCAGAGAGCAGUCUGGAUGAAGCUGGGGUGUUCGACUGCCUGAAAUCUGACCCCUCACCCCAGCAGCUCUUCUCUGGCCUGGUGGGCGUCCCGUCCGCCAACGUGGCCUCUGUCCCCUUCCAGGCAGCCGGCUUGGUCCUGGGCUCCCCGUCCGAAGUCUUCAUCCAGAUGGCAGCGUCCUCCUCCCGGGAAGAGGGCUCUCACCGGCCAGAGAGCAGCCCCUACCUGCCUCGCCCCCCCCAGCCACACCUCCACCACCACCACCAUCACCACUACCACCAGCCUUCCCAGCACCGCUCCUCCUCGUCGCUGCUGCACGCGGCCGACCGCCAUGGCAGCGGUGACGACGGCGGAGACGACCCCUCCACCCCGGCGCCUGCACUGUCCGAGCUGCGAGCUGUUGUUUCCUGGCUCCAGAAAGGCUUCCCCUUCAUCCUCAUCCUCCUGGCCAAAGUUUGCUUUCAGCACAAGUUGGGCAUUGCUGUGUGCAUUGGGAUGGCAAGCACUUUCACGUUUGCCAACUCGGCCCUCAAGCACCAAGUGUCGUUACGGGAGAAAAGGUCUGUUUUUGUCACGCUCUGGAUUCUGGCAUUCCUGGCUGGGAACACCCUGUAUCUAUAUUACACGUUUAGCACUGAGGAAUUAUACAACAGUUUGCUCUUUGCCAAGCCAAACAUGGACAGCUUUGAUUUCUUUGACCUGAUCUGGGUGGUGGGGAUCACCGACUUCGUCCUGAAGUAUUUCACUGUUGGGGUCAAAUGCCUCAUCUUGUUUCUACCCAAAAUCCUCCUUGCCUUCAAGUCCAGGGGGAAGAUCUACUUGGUGAUUGAAGAGUUCAGCCAGCUCUUUCGGGCUCUGGUGCCCAUCCAGCUGUGGUAUAAAUACAUCAUGACUGAGGACCCAUCUGGCAGCUAUCUCCUUGGGGCUACCCUCAUCAUCAUCUACAGCCUGUGCAAGUCUUUUGAUGUCUGUGGACGAUUAGUGGGCAUAAGGAAAGCUCUAGUGAUCCUGUGUAGCUCCCAGGGUUUCGGCGUGAGAGCGAGCAGCCAACAGUGUAGUGAGGCGGGGGACCUCUGUGCCAUCUGCCAGACCCAGUUCCGGGACCCCAUGUCUCUGCUGUGCCAGCACGUUUUCUGCGAGGACUGCUUGUGCCUCUGGUUCGAGCGGGAGCGCACGUGCCCUCUGUGUCGCUCCUCGGCUGUCGAGACCCCGCGUCCCUGGAAGGACGGCACCACCUCUGCCCACUUCCAGGUGUACUAGCCCGGCUGGGAAGUUCACAGCGACAACUCCAAGAAGCUGCCUUUCGGGUUUGUGUUCCAGGGCCGGGCAUUGCUCGGCAAACCCUUCCGUGGAAGACCAGUAAGGUCGACCGGCUGAAACUGAGCUUAAGCGUUUUAAAUCCUCAGUGUUCACUUCAUUGUGUGUUUACUGUGUGUUUGAGUAAUAAUGACAAAUCGAUCGAGGCUGCCCUCUAGUGUUUCUGAGGCUGAAGGACAAGUGACUUAAUAUCAGCAUAAAAUCAUUACAUCACACUAAAAAAAUGGAAGGGAGUUCUGGAAAUCAGGUACUAUUACUAAGACAAUGAAUUAUUGUUGACUCUGAAGAGAAGUCAGUUAUGUGGAAUAUGUGAUUUGUUUUCUGCAUGCUGCUAAACUGUAUUCUGCUCAUUUUAAAUGAAAUUUCUCAAACGGGGAAGUGUAAUUAGAACACCAACUGAAACUGUAAUAUUACACCUCUAUUUAAAAUAUUUUGUGUUGCUUAGAAACGCACUCAGAAAAUUUGUAUGGAAAAGUUUAUUUUCUAAAUCUGUCACAGGAAUCACAAGAUUUUCGUUGAGGAACAGCAGAGAGCACAUGUGUAAAAUCACAAAUUCAUUACUUGUAUAAUAUCACAAUUCUGCAAUGAUACAAAAACAUUAUAGCUUAUGAAAAACUUACAUGCUUGUAAAUGCAUCUUCCCCCCAAGAUUUAAGGUAAUCUACCUUAACACUGUUACAAAAGGUGAGCUCAAAAGCUCUGUAUACAAAACUUUUAGAAAAUAGAAAGUGAAUUUCGCAUCCUCUCAAGUUUGCCACAGAGCAUUCUCCAUUUAGAGAUUCAGUGCUUUAAUAAAUAUCAUUGCUCAGUAGUAAAAAUGACUGUAUACUGUAUGUGUGGUUUUCGCUUGCUGCUGUCUUCAGAUAAGAUUUGCUGGAUAAAAUAUAUUUAGUUAGCUUAUUUCACAGGCCAGAAGUACAGUGAAAUGUAAAGAAAGAGCAUUUGGUAGGAAUAAUAAUAAUAAUAAUAAUAAAAAAACGUUCCUAAAGAAUGUGUUAUACGUUUCAAAUAUUUCCCUUUUUAAAAGAGAGAACUUCAUUUUCCCCCGUUG